AUGAAGCCCUCGCGCGCAAAGAUCGUUUUAGGAGGAGGUCAAGGAGCCGGACAUCCUCACCCGCCGGCAGUCGGCGAGGGCCCCAGGAGACGCGCGAGACGUACCCCCCCGAGACCUCCUCUGAUCUCCUUCGGCCUGCCCUUGCCGCGAGCGUGUUUUUUUUUGUGUUUUUGUUUUUGUUGUUGUGUUGCCUCCACUGCCUUCACUUCCUCCACUUCUUUUCACUUCUCGGUCCAGGCCGACAAGUCCAAUCAGAAGUCCUUGACCCAGCCGCUGUCGCCAACGCGUUUUGGCGGCACUCCCUGUCGACUGCAAUGGAUGUAUUGGUCUUUGCAAGCCCGCAGCAUUCUCAGAUGUGCUUUUGCGAGGAAGCAGAAGACUUUGGAGCUGGAAGUUCAAUCUGACCCUGAGCUGCAAAUGUCGUCAAGUCGCUAA